CAUGCCGCGAAGCAUGUGGUGCUCCCACAGUUGCGUCAGAUCUGUGCAAACAAACUACGUUCUUCCCAUUGUUGAACCAGACUAUUUAAGAGGCAGAGCAGAAGGGCUCAGCCACCACCUCAAGGCUGCCUCUUCUCUCUGGUGUACAGCAGGAAUCUGCACCUCAUUCCAAAGCUAUGUAUAGUGGGAUUUGCCUCUUUCUCCUCCUGGCUGUGCUGUCCAUGAGCUCCUCAGGGCAGCAGACAUCGGGCUCCCACAAUGGCAAUCCUGUGGCCACCGAUCUUGAGCAGAAUUUGCUGGAAAACCACCGGCACAUCCGUAACCCAGACGCAGAGAAAACUAUCCGGCAGGUUGAUGGCAGCGUGGACCAGAAAGCCAACAUGGUAGCUCUUUUAGCCAAAUACCUCCAGCAAGCCCGAAGAGGUUCUACUGGAAAGGCCUCUGUGAUGGGAUUACAGAAUUUUGACCCUACACACAGGAUAAAAGACAGAGAUUACAUGGGCUGGAUGGAUUUUGGACGUCGCAGUGCAGAAGAAUAUGAGUACACUUCUUAAAUAUGAGUACACACUCUGCUUAAAAGAAAUUCAAAUCGAAGUCCCAUUACUGUACAGAAAAAAAUUGUCAUCCUUUUCAAAUCAGUGUUUAAGAAAACAUGUACUUGAUGUAAAUUUGUCUGUAAAACUAUACAAUGCAAUAUAUAUUAUAUAAAACAUAUGCAGAAUUUUCAAGAAAAAAAUCUUUCUCAUUUAAUUUCUUACAAUUUAGUGUAGAGACAUAUUAAAAGUAUUUCACUCAUCCCUCGGUUGUUUUGUGACCACAAAUGUUGCUGAAUAUCACAAUCUAUUGCCAAAGGAAAAUGCUUUCAAGUUUACCAUAUGCUAUGUACUAACUGAAAAACUUUCAAAGGAGAGUGUUCUAUCUAUCUCACUAUCAAUCUGUUCUGCACAAUUUUCAGCAAUGGUUUGGAUCCAGAAUUAGGUGUACCUUUUAUAGACUCACUGCUAACCUAAGCCUAAUUGAUUUUACUAUGGAGUAUGACUAAGUUUGGAUCCAACCCAAUCCAUAUAAAUAUCAACAUGGUAGAAAAGCUUUCCUAUGAAAAGCAUUUUCAUGGUUACCAUUUUAAAAAUUCAAGUCAGACAAACCAAUGGUACAUAUGAGGAAGUUGUUUUCUUUUGUAAAAUAAAUGUGAAAAUUCUGUUUAAAUUAUGAAUCCUAGAAUAAACAAAACAUUCCUUGC